AUGUCGGAUGAUCGGUGUGAUGGGUUGAUGGGUUGGAUCGGUGUGGUCGCUGUUGGAAUGAUCGGUGUGUUCGGUGUCGGUGUGGUGUUUGCUGUUUGCUGUCGGGGUCUUUGUCGGUGUCGUUGGUGUCGGUGUCGGCUUCGGUUCCGUCGAUGUUCUGGCGGUGUGGUCAGUUCCGGUGUCGCUGUGAGUGGCGUCGAUGCGAUCGGUGUCGGUGUGUUCGGUGUCGGUGUGAUCGGUGUGGUCGGUGUCGGAUUGAUCAGUUUGAUCGGUUUGAUCGGUGUCGGUGUGAUGUUUGUUGUUGUAGUCCUUGUCGGUGACGGUGUCGGUGUCGUCGGUGUUUGUGAAGGUAUUGGUGUCGUCGGUGUUUGUGUCGGUGUGGUCGGUGUCGGGCUGGUCAGUGUCGGUGUGAUCGGUUUCGGUUUGAUCCGUGGCAAUGUGAUCGGUUUGAUCAGCAUGUUUCUGUGGCCAGUGUCGGUGUGA